GCUAUCCCGUGAAGCUUGAGCCUCGCGACUUUCCGUCGCGGCCUCGGCCAGCUGAGUCUGUUUGAAGUGAUCUCCUCAGUUCUGUCUCUGCCCUUUCCCACAGGAGGGGGGGAGAAACGCUUCUCGUUUCCCUGCAAGCAUCAUGUCUCGGAUCCUCAAAUCGGUGGAUUACGAAGUGUUUGGCCGGGUGCAGGGUGUUUGUUUCAGAAUGUACACAGAGGAAAGAGCUAGGAAAAUGGGAGUUGUUGGCUGGGUUAAAAAUACCAGACAAGGGACAGUUACUGGCCAAGUUCAGGGCCCAGAAGAGAAAGUAAAUGAGAUGAAGACUUGGCUGGCUAACAUUGGAAGCCCAAGUUCACGCAUCGACCGGACGAAAUUUUCCAAUGAGAAGCAGAUCACUAAACUUGAGUUCACCGGCUUUACCACAAGAUACUAGCAAAACAGAACAGCACUAAGCUUCUUGAAUUGCUUAUAUUAAUUAUUAUAGUAUUAUACAAUUAUUAUAUUAUUAGACUAAUGUUGCAUGAAAAUGUUUUACACUUCUUUAAAGUUUUGCGAUUGCUUUUUUGGGAACCUUUCCGUGUAUUAGAGAAAUGCAACAAUUCUCCUAUUUGCAUUCAGUAGAAACUGCUGUGUGCUAUAUUGGGGGGGCUUUAAAAAAUUGGCAUCUUUGCAGACACAGGAUUCCCCAAGUUAAAACCAUCUCUGCAGACUGUGAAAAGCAAAUAGGAACCUCUCUCAGGGCUAAUUCUUAGCAAGCCAAACGAAAUGUGUGAUUGCAUCUAACAUGUCCAGUUUUGUCUUCUAAAUAACAGCAGGAGAGGAUUAGGAAAUGAGGUUGGAAUGGAAGCUUCCCUCUCUGGGGCUCAUAUCAGCUUGUGAAUGGGAUUUUCAUUUGGAAUACAGCAGGAGGAGAAGGGUUAACCUCCUUCCCCUCAUGCUCCCAACUCUGACUGGGCCAACAUCCAUGGCUACUUUAGAAGAAGAAGAAAACUGGGCACAUUAAAUGCUAUCUUGCCUUUAACAUCCCUGUCUAGCACAGAGUUAAGCAGACAUAAGCCCACUAAUUUCAAUAGGACUCCCAUGUGCCUAACUUCAUCAGACUGUGGCCUUGGGAGUUAUUUCCCAUGUUAGUAGGCAUGUUUAUUUACACAGCAAUCGUAUGCAUCCUUACUUGGAAGUAAGUACCAUUGCAUCCAUUGGGGCUUACUCCCAGGUAAGUGCUUUGUUCUUCACUGUGGAAUUCCUGGGCUAUAUCUGGUUGGCUUCACAUCACAGAAACGACAGCUCCUUUUUUUCUUCCCUUCUUCCUUUCUCUGUUCCAGUGUGUAUGUCCUGUGCUUUGAUCCAAUUAUAUCCAAAGUGGCUUACAACACAUUAAAAACAAUACAAAAACUAGUGCCCUUAGUCUUGUGGCUGGUGACCAUUGCUCAAAUGACCACUGCUGCUGUAGUCGCAGGCCGUUUGACAGUUGACCACAGCUCUUUCUAGCAAGGGACCUGGCACUAACCCAUCAGCACUGUGCACAGUGAAUUGAUUUGAAUCCAGGGUUUACAAGUUUAGAACAGAAAAACAGUUUAAAAUGUCCAGAUGGGAAUGUAGGAAAUGGUUUUUUUAAAGUAUGUAUAUAUAUUGUGUUUUGGCCAAUCCCUGCUUUAAAGAAUGUGAAUUCUUUAGUAAUCCUAGCAGUGUACUGAAUGUGCCAUAUUAAAAUUAUAAACACAA